AUGAGUGCUCCACCGACAAUACCUCCACGCCCAGCGCGGGCUCAGAACAGCACCUCUCCUGCACCAGGAACCCACAUGGACGUCCCCAAGAUUCCCCCACGCCCGAAGCGCGGCAUCGAACGCUCCGUCUCCCCCAGCGGUGACAGAUAUGCUCGCUCCCCACUGAACGACCCAACAUACGUACAUGGCGGUCCGCCAAAAGAGGGCGGCCGACUCAGCACUGAUGUGCCGUCCCGCCCACCGAGCGUCUCCAUGCCCUCGCUCGGCGAGGAAGGCAACGAAUACGCCAGUUUUGAGGACCUGUCGAAAACUCUUACAACCGAGAAUCAGGGUAGCUCCCCACAACACAUGGGGAAUGUGGCGGGAGACUUGCCUCUGCAUGCUCCUACUGCCUCAGUUCCUAGUUCUACCGCCAAGAGUAGGAUCCAGGCGGUGACGCGGACCGAUUCGCAGACUGCUGCUGCUGCUGGCUUUGGUUCGCAGUUGUCAGUCGAUGACAAGGUCGCGCAGGCCAAGUCUGGCCGUUCAGGCUCCUCUGCUGGAUCGCGCCCCAGUUCGCUUUACAACGACAAGGAUGAACAUGGUAUUCCGGAGAUUGGCGUUCAGGUGCCCAUGUUCCGCAAUGCUGGAGACGUUCAGGCACCGAGCCCCGCGCCAUAUGCCCAACCAGCCGCGUCUCAAGGAGUUGGCUUCAACCAAAAGACCAGUGGCCGUCAUCAUGGCAGGACCAAGAGCGGCCGAGAGAUCUUUCAUGGUCCCCCCGGAAGCUAUGGCAUGCACGGCCACGGGAAGAUCUCGACAGACGACUUCGAGCAGAAGUGGUACCAAAAUCAUCCUGACGAUCUGAAGCGCGAAAAGGCCGGCGAAUAUGGGCCACACAUCCAAGAAAACAGAAAAGAAUACCACUGGGGUGCAGACAAUCUGGAGAAACUUGUACACAAAAGGUCUCAGGACAUUGGUAUGGGUACCAGCCGAGAAGCUGUUAGCACUCCCGAUGAGCAAAUUGGCUACAGGGCCACUGAGGAAUAUGCCUCGAGGAUGGCCUCUCCUAGGCCACAAUCUUCCGGUCGCCCUGCAUCAAUCAAAGGUGGCCACGUCGACUCGCCGCUCCGCAACGAAGCGGGCCAGGAAGUCAACGACAAGGGUGAAGUCAUUCAUAUUGAUCCCCCUGCGCACCGCUCUAACAAGGUUCACGGUGGAGGCUAUGAUCCACCAACCGAGGACCUUGGUCCACAGGGCGGUAACACAUCAGAACAAGGCGGAUGGGUAACUGAGCGUGGUUACGGCACUCCCAUUCUGGCCUCUGAUGAGCUGAAGAAGCACCCAGACAGCGAGUGGAGACAGCCUGCUGUAUCGCCUGAGCUGGAGCGUCAUGGCAACGAAUACACAGUGAACGAGGAUGGUACUCCACAAUACAUCACCAGAUCGCGCCCUCAUAGUAGAAACUCUAGCCGGAACAACAACACGCAGCAACGCGUCAUCCCCAGCCCGGCCCAAUAUGACCGCGGCGGUGCCCCACUUGAGUCCCACAAGGAGUAUGAGCCGCUGUUCCCUGAGGACGAGGACGACAGCAAGAAACCAAAGACAAAGGUCGACAAGCUUAAGCGUCCUAGUGUUGCGCGUCACCAGUUCCCAAGCCAAGACGUCUGGGAAGAUACCCCUGGCAGUCUACAGCUUGAGACUACCGUGGACACCCCCCAAGAGCCUGAGGAGCCAAAGACUGCCGGUGGUAACGGCGAUGUCAGCCCCGCGAAGGUGUUUGAAGACCCCGCCGCGGAAAAGAAACGCAAGGAAGAGAUCAACAAGGAGGAUCAGAAGUCAUUCCUGCCUGAGCACACUCGUCAAUUUGCAGCCGAGAACAAACACCUUGGAAAAGUGCGCGAAGACGCGCCAGGCCGCCCCGGAAUGCAGCAACGCUUUCCAAGUCAAGACAUCUGGGAAGAUGCGCCAUCUCAUGGUCAUCUUGAGACGACUGUCAGCACUCCCCAGAUGGAGGAAACGAACGAGUACGCGGAAGACUCUCCAAUUGAGCAAAAGCCUCAGGUUCCGGCUCGACCCAGUAUUCCUGCUCGACCUUUGAAGAGGGAGGUAUCCAACGAAGAUAAGAAAGCGCCCAUCAUUCCAGAGCGUCCGAAGCCCCAGCUUCCCGCACGCCCGACCAAGCCAUCUUCGUCCGAAAGUGUUGCGACUGUUGAGUCACAAGCUGGUGAGAACGAGUCUCCACAAGGGAAGACAAAGCCACCGGUACCUGCCCGCCCUGCCGGCUCUAAGAUUGCUGCUCUCCAAGCAGGCUUCUUGAAGGACUUGAAUAGUAAGCUCGGCCUUGGCCCCGUCGCACCUAAGAUCAAGGAACCUGAACCGGAAGAAGAAGAUAAGGAUUCGGCACCGCUUUCAGAUGCCCGCAAGAGUAGAGCUAAGGGCCCACAGAGGAGGAGGCCUGCUGCAUCUCCUUCGCCAUCUGCGACGGCAUCUGAAGCUGCUGUGCCAAAACAGAAGCUGGACUUUGGUCCCGUGACCGCAAUUUGGAGCUUCAACGAAGACGGCAGUCUGGAUGUACCCGCUGCCAAGAUGGCAGCCCAGAUGCACCAUGCGCUAAACGUUCCUGCAAAGGCUGAUGAGCCUGCCGUUACCGAGACGGAAGCAGAGAAGACCGUUGGGUCAGAACCACCACUUACACAGACAAAGUUAAAAGAGAGUAGUGAGCCUGCCUCAACGAUUGAGGCUGUUGUUGACAAAACGCCUUCUACUCUUGAGCAGGUGACUUCUCAGGCGUCAGACGCACUCCAGUCAGUCACUUCCAAGGUUUCAUCUGCCCUUCAACCACAAGAGCCUUUGGUUACUGAGGCUGUACCCGGUUCUACCGACGCACCGGGUGCCUUUCCUGGCUCGGGCCCAGGCCUAGAGAAUGAGACCGAGAGCAAAAGCGCCUCUCUGGAACAGAAAGCCGUCAGCACAUCUACCGAGGAGAAGAAGGCCGAGGAUGUACCGACAAAAUCCCAGUAG